AUGGCUAGUGCAGCGACAUCUACCGCGGCCGGCGGUGCUGCUGGAAGCCUGCCUCGCAACUCCUCCAUCGACAGUGCCAUUUCUGCCGCCUCCUCGAGCGCGCAGGCGAACAACGCCGCCCAAGCCCAAGCGAACUCGGAAGAAAUUGCAAAGUUGAUUAAAACUGCCGGAAGCCCCGAGGCCGUGAUCCAGUACUUGCUCAAAGAAAAACAGUCGCAGGCGCAGCAGAACAGCCAGCUAUGGCGCCUGGUGGAUAAACAGAGGGCCAUGAUCCUGGGGCUGAAUAAGGACUUGGAGGCUGCCCUCAAAGACAAGGAAAAGUACCGGAAAAAGCUGAAGGAACUGAUGGCAAACCCCUUGUUAGUGAAGCCACCCGGUUGGCAGGGUGAGAGGAAAGAUUCGGAUGCGCAAAGCGAUACACUCCUGCUGCGCCAGGAAGUCGAGUCGCCCAAGGAGCCCCCAGCGCCAUUGCCCAACACGCCCAAGCUGGACACGGAGAGCCUAGGGUCGCCGGUUGACAUGGCUCUGGCUCCCUAUCCAAUAACCCCUCCCGCAGACCGAUCACAUGCACCUCCCUCAGCUGUGUCCGAGCUCUUGAACCCGUCGGAAACAAUGCCCGAGCCCCAGGAAUAUGCUCUGGACCAUUACAAUCAUGAAGCAGAAGAGCAGGCCGAAGACAAGGCGCGGAGAGAAAAGAAUAAUGAGCAGCUUAAUGAUAUACCCUUCGACACAUCGCUGCCUCCGUCGCGCAGCCUGCCGAGCCACCCGCCCCAGAAGCCGCCGCCGAAGCCUCCCGCCGCCGACGCUCCUCCAACAGUGACCGUCAUGGGGCCCACGCCACAGCCGGAUGAGGGCAUUAGCAAGUUCCCUUCCCCUCCGCGGAAAGCACCUCCCGCGCCUCUUCAGCUCAGGCAGGAGAUCCAACGCCAUACGGACUCUUCUGUCGCUGUUGACGACGCCGAUUCCGAUUACGACGACGUCUCUGAGGUUGACGAAAUUAUUCCAGAGAAGCGCGGCCGGCGACGAACGCGUGAGGAAGACGAUCGCGAGCGCGAGGUUAUAGCCAUCCAGGAGGCGGAGGCAAGGAGCGUAUCCAAACAGCCCGAAACCGCCAACUCUAGACCUCCUUUGAGCCCUUCAUCCGUGCCCGCCAGUUUGCAGCCUGGGAUGCCAACCGCGUCGCUGGAUGCUGUUCUGAGCGGAGACAAGCCCAGGGAGCUGACCGCUCCCGUCCUCAGUCCUGGCUUGCCUGCUAGCCCUAGGCCCUUUGGAAACCCGAAAAUGACCCUCGGGAACCCGCCAUUGUCUCCGAGAGGAGGUCCGUUGUCACCACGACCACCACGACAAGCCAUCCCCAUGCCGCCGGGUACGCCUCUGGUAGUGCCGCCCACUGCAUCACUCAGCGAUGGAAACCCAUUGAAGAGGGCGAUGGAGACUGGGGAUUAUUCAAAGGGCGCUUCGAGCCCAGUGGAACGGACGGUCAUUUAUAGAGGCUUGGUGACUGACGAAUACCCCGAUCUGUUACUGCCGCCAAAUGCGUUGCCAUCCAUCGCCAUCAGGGUUGCGUCCUCCCGUAUGAAGCCUUCCAGAGCAAGCCUCUUGUCGUUGACUCAGCUUGAAGAGGAUCCGGUGUUCACGCUUGCCAUCAUUUCGCGGGCUGACGGGGGUGAGCUAUGGCGCGUAGAGAAGGACUCUGCGUCUUUGGCAAAGCUGGACCAGCGGCUGAAGCAGUGCCCUGCGUUCACGGCCAGAACUCCGGACAGGUCAUUGUUUACCGGCCAUGCUCCUGCCAAGAUCGAUGCCCGCAGAGCCUUCCUGGACCAAUACAUGGACGAGCUCCUGAAUACUCCCCUCGACACCCCAACAGCCCUGGAGCUUUGCAAAUACCUCUCGAACCAUACACUGCCUCCCAACGCCGACGAAACUGGGCAAACCUUCAAGUCAAAGGACGACAACUCUUCGAUUCGAUCGGACGGUCGACCCACCCGGAAUGGUUAUCUCACCAAGAAGGGGAAAAACUUUGGCGGAUGGAAAUCACGGUUUUUUGUUCUCAACGGACCUCUUCUGAAGUACUAUGAGACUCCAGGCGGCGCGCAUCUGGGCACCAUCAAGCUUCAGAACGCCCAGAUCGGCAAGCAAUCUCACAACAACGAAGCCAACACCCCGACAUCCAACGGCAACGACGAGGAGCUGGACAGUCAGUAUCGCCACGCUUUCCUGAUUCUUGAACCUAAGAAGAAGGACUCCAGCAAUCACGUCAAACAUGUCUUGUGCGCUGAGAACGACCGAGAAAGAGAUAUCUGGGUAGAUAACCUGUUGCAGUGGAUCGACUACCGAGAACCCGACGAGGACCAGCAUGCGUCAAGGCCAACUGUUCACGACCGACAGACAUCCGGAGACCAGCUCAACAAGUCCAAAAAGGGAAGCAAAGCAGGCCAGCAGCAGCAUCAAACGGCGGGUUCAGACACGCUGAUUGGAGUGAGAUACGACUCUACUCACGCUGGCGAUGCGCCGCACCAGGGCAACCAUGGCAACCGGCCAAAGACAGCCGGCAGCCAGAACGAGCAGCACCACCACGCCAGCACAGAUUCGCACUCGAAGCUCAUCUCCGCGCCAAAGGAUCCCCAGGUGAUUUCGGAUGCCUCCUCGUGGGGAAGCAGGAUGAACCUGGCGGCGCCGCCGCCCGCACCGGCCCCCUCUCACGAUGAGAAGAAGCAGCGAAAGCGGAGUUUCUUUGGCUUCGGUCCGAAGUCGCGCACCUCGUCGGACGGACAAGAAUCCAUGUUUGGAGGCAGCGAAAGCGGCUCUGGGGCGACUCCGCCGCAGAACGGCUACCACGGCCCGGUGCGCCAAGUGUUCGGUGCGCCCCUGGCAGAGGCCGUGCGGUACAACCCACCGUUGGACGUGGACGUGCCCCUCCCUUCGGUUGUCUACCGCUGCAUCCAGUAUCUGGAGGCUCAGAACGCAAUUCUUGAAGAGGGCAUUUUCCGGCUUAGUGGUUCGAAUGUCGUCAUCAAACAGCUUCGAGAGCGGUUCAACACCGAAGGCGACAUCAACCUGGUGACGGACGAGCAUUACUACGACAUCCACGCAGUGGCGUCUCUUCUGAAGCUGUAUCUGCGCGAGCUCCCCACCAGCAUCCUGACGAGAGACUUGCAUCUGGAGUUCAUGUCGACGACGACGGAGAUUACAGACAAGAGCGAAAAGAUGGUGGCUCUGGGCGAGCUCUGUCAACGGCUGCCCCAGGCGAACGCAACGCUGCUCAAGUACCUGAUUGCCUUUUUGAUCAGGAUCAUCAACAAUUCGGACGUCAACAAGAUGACGGUGCGCAACGUGGGCAUUGUCUUUUCGCCGACUCUCAACAUCCCCGCGCCCGUCUUUGCCACGUUUCUCCAAAACUACGAGGCCAUCUUCGGCGUCGACCCGGAAGAGUACGAGCUCCCUUCUCCCGUCUCGGAGACGGGAAGCCACGGCCGAUCGGAGUCUACGCCGCGCUUUGAUCCACCGCCGGGCCGUCCGUCAACGUCGUCCGGAAGCGCCUCUCCUCGGCAUCAACCAUGGUCAGAUAUGCGGGACCCGACCAGAUCGACACCGACACCUCCUCUAUUGAUGAACCUGGGCCCGGGUCGUGGGUCACCAACUCCGCCCGCAGCGUCUCGCCACAGUUACGAGCCCUCAUACCUCACGCAUCAGAGCCCCAGGGCAGUCUCCAACCCGCUGCAAGGUACCAGUGGUGGCGCGGAUGGCCACUUCUCACAGCCGCCGCACCGAGCCAGCCCAGCGUACGAACGAUCCCUUCUCCCCGUGACUGCGGAAGACCAGACGGGGAACACAAACCUUGCUGCUGCCUCGUUGCGCGGCGGUCGCGACAACGCCGACACGCCGUCGACGGUGGGCAGCACGCCGCAGUAUCACCACCAGCAGCAGCUGGAGCAUGCGGGCGCCUCAGCUGCAGCCGGAGCCGGGGCCGGAGUCGGAGGGGCGGCGUCAUCGUCGUCAUCAGCAGCAGCAGGAGGAGGACCUUCAUCUUCAGGAGCUGCUGCUGCGGGUGGCGAGUCCACGACGGACGCCGCCGGCGAUGCGAAAAAGUCGAGGGCGUGCGAGGCCUGCCGCGGGCUCAAGGUGCGGUGCGAGCCCGACGCCGUCGACGGCGAGCCGUGCAAGCGCUGCCGCAAGGCCGGCCGCAGCUGCGUCGUCACGGCGCCCACGCGCAAGCGGCAGAAGAAGACGGACAGCCGCGUGUCGGAGCUGGAGAAGAAGAUUGACGCCCUGACGGCCAGCCUGCACGCGCGCGCCGGGGCUGGCGGCGUCGUCGUGCCGGGUUUGAUGAGCAACAGCCCGCUGGUUGGGCAGCCUCAUCACUCUCAGCCUCAGCCUCAGCCUCAGCCUCAGCAGCAUCAUCAUCACACCCAGCCUCAGGAGCGGCAUCAACCAACAACGGGAUCCGCGAGGCCAUGGACAGGAGGCGGCAUGACAGCGUCGCCGAUGAUGCAGUCGGCACCAACGCCGCCCACGCGGACACCGCAGGACGACGUAUCGGCGUUUCAGCCGCCCAUCGUCAUGGCUGGUCAGAAGAGAAAGGCGGUCGAUCGCGACGGGCCGAGUGGCGGCGACGAACACAAGGCCAUGACGCCGUCGACCAGCUGGUCAGGCUUCUCCAGGCCCACCGAGGGCGACAUUGUUGACCGCGGGCUCAUCACCAUGGAGCACGCCACGGGGCUGUUCAACAAGUACAAGGAGCACAUGGUGCGGCAUCUGCCGGCCGUCGUGUUCCCUCCCAGCACGACGGUCAUGGAGCUGCGCAAGACGAAGCCGACGCUGUUCCUGGCUAUCAUGGCCGCGGCCACGGGCGAGAACCACUCGCUGCAGCGCGUGCUGCAGCGCGAGCUAAUGCAGCUGUUUGCCGAAAAGGUCAUUGUCACGGGCGAGAAGAACCUGGAGCUGGUGCAGGCCAUGCACGUCGCCGUCAUCUGGUACUGGCCGCCCGAGCACUUUGAGGAGCUCAAGUUCUACCAGCUCGUCCACAUCGCCGCCGUCAUGGCCAUCGACAUCGGCCUGGGCCGCAAGGGCGGCUCGAGGCGUGGCCCGCCGCCGUUCCGUCGCAAUCCGCCGCCCGACCCCUGCAGCAUCGAGUGCCGCCGCACCUGGCUGACGUGCUUCUUCCUGGCCCUCAACACGUCCAUGUCGCUGCACCGCCCGAACCUGAUCCGCUGGACGCCCUUUAUGACGGAGAGUCUCGAGAUCCUCGAGUCGUCGCCCGACGCGGCGCCCACGGACAAGUACUUUUGCCAUCUGGUCUGGACCCAUCGCCUGGCCGAGGAGGUGGGCUCGCAGUUCUCGCUCGACGACCCGUCGACAGUGGUCAACAUUACGGAUGCCCGGACGCAGUAUGCGCUGAGGGCCCUCGAGAGGGAUCUCGACAAGUACAUUGCGUCGAUUCCCAAGAAUCUGAUGCAGCGUGAGUUUCCCCUUUCCCCGAUGGCCCUUCACUCCGACACAACGGGGGAUCAGUGGCGGCCACCUUUCAAUACCGAAGCCCUCAAAGACGGCAUCGUCAACACCGAACCCCUGUCUGCCGCCCACAUCAACGCACUCUCGGCCUGCCUCACGGCCAUUGACGGCAUCUUCAAUACCUUCCUGUCCAUGGACGUCACAAGCAUCCGCUGCCUGCCCGUCUUCAACUUCAUGAGGGUCGCGUACGGAGUCGUCAUCCUCAUCAAGAUGUACUUUUCCGCCUCGAGUCCUGGGUCGGAGAUGGGCAAGGUGAUCCACAAGGACAACAUGCGCGUCGAGUACUACCUCGAGGCCCUGCUCGACAAGUUCCGGGCCACGGCCGCGGACAACAAGUGUCGCCCUGCCGCCAAGUUUCUGGUCGUGCUGGCCAUGCUGCGCAGCUGGUUCUUCAAGCAGGGCAAGGGGGAAGGGGGCGGAUCAGCGACUCCUGAAGAUGGCGGCGCUUCGUCAUCACAUCAACAGCAGCAGAGAUCAUACGGACCCCAGGGAACAACGACGCAGCACCAGCAGCAAUUACAGCAACAACUACAGCAGCACCAGCAGCAACAGCACCAAGUGCAGCAAACUCAUCAAGCGCAGCACAUGCAGCAGCAGCAACAGCAGCAGCAGCAACAACAACAACGCCAACCCAACCAGCAGAUCCACAACCCCUCCCCCUCGUCCACGGACCUCGACUCCGCCAUGGCCCCCGCCUUCCCGCCCUGGAUGUCCGCCGCCCAGCCCAUGGUGCCCGCGGACCUCGACGUCGGCGGCGGCGGCGGCGGCAGCUCCUCCCUGCCGACCAACUUUGACAUUGAGGGCCUGAACCUCGCGGCCGCCGACCUCCAGGAUAUGUACGAGAGCGGGGCCAAGAUUGUCAUGAACGAGCCCUGGUUCACGGACGCCUUUCAGGGGCUUCCGGAUCCGAAUCUGUUCCCCUUUUGA